GCCUACGUUGCCUGGGUGACUCGGCAGUCUGGGAGAAAGAAACCAGAUGUCCUGUGUCUCUCCCUUACUUUCUGAGUUCUACUGGCUCUUUCUCACUACUUGAAUCUUGCUCUGAGACUGUGGGGGGAAAGAAACUUAAUGACUGUGGUAAUAAACUGAACAUGGCUGAAGAAGACAUUUACUUGGAGGAACCCUGUGGGUCUCUGUCCGAGCUCAAGGAAAAGCACGAACCAUUAUUUAUUCAGGAAGAUGAAGAAGAAUACUUUGAAGAUUGCUUGGAAGAGAUCGAGGCUGCCCUUGCUCUUCCUGAUGAUUCCAUGACCUAUUCACAAAAAUGUCAGGAAACUUUGAAUGCUGAAUUUAAUGUACUUAUGAGACAGAUGCUGGUACAGUUAGAGGAAUUUGAAGCCACCCAUGAGACCAAAUCUACUCUACCGGCUUUCUUCGACGAAAGAGAGAACAUUUUGGUAACAAAUUGCUUCAAGGAUAGUGGCGAUUAUGAAGACUAUAUUUCAGACACAGCAGAAUCUAUGGCAGUAUUCGAGCCCGAAGACAUCACCGUUGAAACAGGACCAGAACUGUCUGCACCCAUGGAACUAAAGGAGCUGGGGACAACAUUUGAGAGCUGCAUUGAGGAGGUGAGACGACUGGAGCACAGGAAAGAAGAGCUGGUGCAGGAACUUCUGGAGCUGGAGAAGCCCAUGGAGGAGGACACUCAUGCCUUAAGAAGUGAGCUGGAGGAGGCCCAGAAGCUCCUGUCUAAGGCCAAGCUGCAGAGACAGAAUCUACUGGACGAGAUGCGACUCUUCAAGAGACGCUUGUUUGUUGCUGCCAGAGAUUGUGCACAGAGCCAGAUGACCUUGGUCAUACAGCAGAAAGAAGUGGAGCAGCUGAAUGAAGAACAGGAUGAGAUGAAGGCCUUUUUUGAGAAGUUGAUUGAAGUCAUUAAUCAGCUUAACUCUGAACACCAAAGCCAAGUGCAGGCCUUACAAAAUCAGAUGGACAACAUGACCCAGGAAUCCAGCAAGGACAAGACACACUCGUACCUGUCCCAAAGCAGACGUGCAUCCCUCGACCUACAGCAGUACCUGCAGGGUGGAAUCAAAGCACUGGAGGAGUGGUAUGAACCCAGACUGGUGGCAUUACUAAAGAGACGACAAAGCAGCGCUGAUGCUUUAAUAAAGUACAGGGAGCAGUGUCAAGAUCUGAAAACACAGCUGGGGCCCCUGAAAGAGGAAGAGCAGAGGCUGGGAUUAGAGAGGGCCCGACUGGAGGAGCGCAUCUAUCUGAUGGAGAAGCAAAGAAAGGAAAAUGUGGAGCAAUACCGUGUAACAAUAGACCACCUAGAGGAGAACAGCCGAGAACUGAAAACUGAACUUCGGAUACAGAUAAAUAAGAUAAAAGAGCUUGAAGAACUCAAGAACAGUCUGACCCAGCAGCUAUACUUCUAUAGAGAGAGCAUAGAGGGACAACAUCCACAGGAGACCCUAAAGAUGGAAGAGAAAACCUGAUCGCUAAAGACGAAUAUGCCCGAACACUGCACAGUUUAAUAUUAGUGGUAGAAAUUCUUCUUGGUGUUUCUACAGUAUGGUCUGAUAGUUUAAUUCUUAAAUGUAAAUAAUCUCUCAGUGCACUGCCAUAAUUGUAACAGCAUAAACAUGCAUGUGGGUGCCCUUUAUAAAUAUUCCAAAGCAGGCAGAAGGUAAUAUGAAAUGUACCAGCACCACUCAGCCUUUCUGCAAUGUCACAUCAGAAAGGAACGUGUGAUGGAGACUGCCCAGAUUUUUAUCUGCCCACUUAAGCAGCUCAGAAGUCUCUAGAUGUACCUGCAGUGUUGACAGGGAUGUGAGUCAGAGUGGAGGAAAUAAAGCUUUUAUACACAACA